CCCUGGUAAAUAUUGGUUCCACAGACAGCUGAGUUGGAUUUUGUUUAGAUUUUGUAAAUUCUUGAUUUUACGGGACAAAAAGUUAGUUUUUGAUAGGGAUAAAGAGUAAAAAACAAUCAAAAUGGAUCCAGCACUGCUUCGCGAACGCGAGGCCUUCAAGAAGAGGGCGAUGGCCACGCCCACCGUGGAGAAGAAGUCCAAGCCCGAUAGACCAGCUCCACCGCCGCCCAGCGAUGAUUCCAAGCGGAAAAUGCGUCCUCCAACGGCUCCCAAGUUGGAUGCCUCAACUUACAAGACCAUGUCGGGCAGCUCCCAAUACCGCUUUGGAGUGCUGGCCAAGAUUGUGAAAUUCAUGCGCACACGCCACCAGGACGGCGAUGAUCAUCCACUGACCAUUGAGGAGAUUCUGGACGAGACCAACCAACUGGAUAUUGGACAGUCCGUUAAGAAUUGGCUUUCUAGCGAGGCUCUGCACAAUAAUCCCAAAGUGGAGGCCAGUCCCUGUGGCACCAAGUUCAGUUUCAAGCCAGUCUACAAAAUCAAGGAUGGCAAAACCCUUUUGCGACUGUUGAAACAACACGAUUUAAAGGGCCUGGGUGGCAUUUUACUUGACGAUGUCCAGGAAUCACUGCCGCACUGCGAAAAGGUCCUGAAAAACCGAGCUGCUGAAAUCCUAUUCAUUAUCAGACCCAUUGACAAAAAGAAGAUUUUAUUCUACAACGAUAGGACCGCCAAUUUUUCGGUGGACGAAGAGUUCCAGAAGCUUUGGCGCUCAGCCACGGUCGAUGCCAUGGACGAUGCCAAGAUCGACGAGUACCUAGAAAAGCAGGGCAUUCGCUCCAUGCAAGAUCAUGGCCUGAAGAAACCCGUUCCCAAGCGCAAGAAGGCGGCCAACAAGAAGCGGCAGUUCAAGAAGCCCAGAGACAACGAGCAUUUGGCCGACGUUCUGGAAGUCUACGAGGAUAACACUCUAACUCUGAAGGGCGUGAAUCCUACGUAGAAUUAUAACUUAAGAUUAGACAAUAAAAAUAACUCUCAAUAGUAUAGUAAGUGCACUCCAAAAUGGGCAUUAUAAA